AUAUCCAGUAGGUGGCAGUAAACGCUACAGAGGUUUCCAUAUGAAUCCACAAAAACAAACAGAGAGGAACUCAAGGCAGGAGUGAAGUUUUACUGUUUCAAAUAGAUGUUUACUUCUUUGAAAAGUCCAGAGUAGAAAGGGUAGAAAAGUUGAUGAGUAUUUUCGCUGGAUGCUUCAAUUUUAAGUCUGGAUGUUGACACCGAUUCACAGAGAUUCACAUGAACCAGCCUGAGAGCCCCUCCCAUACAGAGAUGAGGUCCACCCACUUUGACGUCUCUGGGCUGAUAAAAACUUGGGAAAUAUUCACAUCAUCCUAGAGGAGAAGAACAAACUCCAGGUGCAGCAGCUGAAAUCUGUCUGACUGUUAAAGAUGGAGUUUAUUAAAGAGGAGAUUGAAGACAUGAGUGAUGCAGAACCAUCCAGAAUAAAACAUGAAGAUACUGAGGAACAAACAGACCCGAUGAAAGUGACAGAGCAAAGACAAGAACUGAAUGAAGUGGAGGAGAAACACUGUGACUUCAAAACUCAAAGAAUAAAAGCCAAAAAGCUGCAGACCUGUGAUCAGCGUGGCAAAGAUUCAUCAAAUCUGAAAACACACCUGAAGGACCAUAUAAAUGAGAAACCUCUCUCGUGUUCUUUCCAUGGAAAGAGUUGCUCGCUGAUGGAAAAUUGUAAACAGCACCAGAGAACCCAUAAUGAAGUGAAAGAUCAUGUGUGUCGUGAGUGUGGGAAGAGCUUUGCUAAAGUUAGUCGUUUGAAACAGCACCAAAGGAUUCACACUGGAGAAAAACCUCACAAGUGCUCAUAUUGUGACAAGAGUUUCACUCAGUCAGGAACCCUGAAAAUACACGAGCGAGUUCAUACUGGAGAGAAGCCGUAUCACUGUACUCCGUGUGGAGAGAGUUUCAGAUAUAGAACUGAUCUCAAUUAUCACCUGCGCGUUCACUCUGGAGAAAAGCCAUUUACCUGUGAUCAGUGUGGUAAAGAUUUGAAAUCAUCAGUACAGCUAAAAGAACACAUGAAAAUUCAUACAAAUGAGAGGCCUUUUGCAUGUUCAUUUUGUGGAGAGAGUUUUGUUCGACUGGAUCAUUGUAAACGGCACCAGAAAAAACACACCGGUGAGAAAGAUCAUGUGUGUUGUGAGUGUGGGAAGAGCUUUACUAGAGCUGACAAACUGAAACAGCACCAAAGGAUUCACACUGGAGAAAAACCUUACAAGUGCUCAUACUGUGACAAGAGUUUCAAUCAGUCUGGAAACCUGAAGGCACAUGAGCAAGUUCACACUGGAGAGAAGCCGUACUACUGCCCUCCCUGUGAGAAGAGCUUUAGAUUUUUAAGAGGCCUUGAAAGGCACAUGAAAAAAUGUCCUAAUUUGUCACAGUGAGCAACAUUUUCAUGUUAGAACAGCCUAAAUAGUGUGAGAUAAACAUAAUAUUGAGUUUCUCUCAAAAGCACAAAAACAUUUAGUUUAAUUUUGUGAAUUUUGACUUAUACUAUAGAGUGUAGGAUGUUAGAGCGAAUCAGACGGCUAUAAUGUGAGCAGAACUGAGCAAAAGCAGAGGAAUUCCAGGAGGCCCCAAAGACAACAUGGAUGACCGUAAAUCAGAUAUGCUGCCUCCAACAAGUCUGGAGUGACACCAGCUAUCUCCUUCACAGAGGACGAUUGUUAAAUUUAGGCGGAUAACUCAAGAUUAAUGGUCGAAGAGACGACACAUCCGACUCUCAUGAGGAAAGUCAUGGGUUCCCCGCGAGGACAGAGAGCAAAAAAACCUUUUGACCUUCUUCACAGAACAGAACUCUCACUCUCAGAACCGCUUGCAGAAUGGCUGUCCUAACAUAUCAAAAAUGCAUAAAAUCAUCUGACUUAUAACCAAUCAUCAUUCCACUGCAUAAUGCCACAUCGUCUCUGUAACCCAAUCAUUUGACUAUCCUGUUUUAAUCACUCGUUGUUUAUGUGCAGUGCUUGAAGUGCGCAAAAAAGUGCCAGUAAUCCCCCUACCUCCUUUCAAAAAUAAAAAUACAAUAGAAAUAAAUUAUGGGUGCAAGUUUUUCAGUCUGGUUCUCAUGAGAUCACUUGGAGAUUUGGUUUGGUGCUCACACUGCACAUCGUGUGACCCAUUAAAUAUAACUACAAAAAUGUUAUUAAUAAUAGUAGUAAUAUAUAUAGUUUCUCUUUAUUUUUUUGGAACAAAAUAAUAAACAAAUUAAUAAUAAUUCAGACGUGUGGAAAACUCCUCCAACAUAGAGUACAUGUAAUGAUUGAUUUCUAUAAAUGCUUAAAUGUUUGUUUUUUUUAAUCUUUAAAUCUGAUGCUAAAGUACAACUACUCAAGGGUCUGUUUCCAUGCAAAAGUUAACUCGCUGCUUAAAAUCUUGUUUUAUAAUGAAUUGCUUCUUACUGAUCUUUUGCAUGUGCUGAUAAUAUACCGCAUUACCAAACUGCUCUGUAUUUCUAGCAGGAAAUAUGUUUAAUUCAUUUCAGCAUAACUGAAGUAGUUUAGUAUAAAUUAAGUCCUCUAUUUUUGAUUU